GGUUGGUUCUCCCAGGCCGCCGCCCCGCCUCCAGCCACCAGGCACCCCAGUCUCCAGCCGCCCGCCCAGCAGCCCAGGAUGAUAAGCGGCAGGGGCCUCGGCCACGGGAUCCGCCCUCUGGGGGCCAUGGCCGAGCGGAAGCCUGGUCCGUGGGGGGACCUCUCCGGUGCCGGGGUGGACCAGCGCCCGGGGCCGUGGGACCUGCCCACGGUCUCCAAGCUGCAACCCCGAAUUGCGCGUGAAGAGGAGAAAGAACAGGACAAAGAGAGAGAACAGGACCCUAGGAUUCAGAACUGGGAAAAGAUGGGUUUGGAAGUGGUGCUAAAGGUCAACGAGGAUAGCACACCCAAGGACCCCUGCAGUGACCUCAGCACUAACUGCCCUCUGCAGGCCAAGGAGGGGGAAGAGGACAGCAGUGAUCCGGCAGGUUGCCCCAAGGGGGCUUAUGAGACGGACAGCGAGGGAGACUCUGACCCUGACCUAGAAAGGGAAGUGCCCUGUGGGCUACAUGACCUCACUGGCAGGUCCCAGUACCUGGCGGCCUGUGAGACCUACGGAGUGGUGCCCAUCUCCUACUUCCUUCACCACAUGCACGAUCCUGAGCUCAUGCUGAUGCACCAUGGCCUGGGGCCUCAGGGGGCCCAGGCCCUGGCCUCAGCCUUGAUGUCCAACACCUCCAUUCUGAAACUGAAUCUGAGUGACAACUGGCUGAACGAGGAAGGGGCCACGGCGAUCGCUGGAAUGCUGAAGGAAAACUGCUUCAUCACAGAUCUUGAUCUGUCUGAUAACAAAGUGGGGGCCAAAGGUGCCAAGGCCCUCUGUGCUGCCCUCAAAGAGAACACCUCUGUGCGGCGGCUUCGGAUGUCUGGGAGUAACCUCGACACUCAAGCCGCCAAGGACAUCGCUGAUGCCCUGAUGGUCAACACGAAGGUGGAGCUGCUGGACUUGAGCCACAACCUUCUGGAUGAGGAAGCCGGGGAGACGCUUGGGCCGGCCCUGGCGGAAAAUGUCGGCAUAAAGGAGCUUAAUCUCAGCUGGAACCACCUCCGCGGCCCGGGAGCUGUGACCUUCACCCUCGGCCUUGGGGCCAAUAUCUAUCUCAAAGUGCUGGACCUCUCCUACAACGGCUUUGGUGACCAAGGAGCAGCCGCCAUAGGGGAGGCUCUGAAAGUCAACAGCGUGCUAGAGGAGCUCAACAUCAGUAACAACCACAUCUCACUUCCGGGAGCCCUCCGAUUCUCCAGCGGACUGAGGGAAAACUGUACUCUGAGGAUCCUCUUGAUGGGCAGGAACCCCAUGCGGAGCGAGGGCUGCCUCGGUCUCCUCAGGGCCGUCCAGAUGAACCCAGACUCGGGGCUGGAGGUUUUGGACUUCUCGCACAUCCACCUCAGCAAAGACUUUGAUGACCUGGCUUGUUCCAUGAAAGAGGGCUUCCCGAGGCUCUGUGUCCGGCAUGGCAGCCCCACAGUCUAGACGGAGUGCCUUGGAUCGUGGUUGCCACCGUCAUCCGCCACGCAGGAUACCAUUCUGCCUUCCCACAGGGCUCAGCAGCAGCACCCCGGCAGCCUCCGCAUCCGUGUCCUAGAAUCGUGGGGUCUCAGAGCAGACAGAGCCCCCUCUGAAUCGGGUCCCCUCUGCCAAGGACUCUGGACAGUACCCAUCGGGCCUGCCCUUGGAACCUCUCCAGUCCCUGGGGACUCACUGCCUGCCCAGGUGGCUCUCCUGGCUGGGAAAUCCUGCGCUCUGGCCAACCACAGCUGACCCCCCUAACUCCCGCCCCUGCUCCCACGUAUAGGCUGUGACUCCCUGGACUCCUUGUUCCCACAGCCCCCACCCUCCAGAGGCAAACACCUCCCCGGGUUUGGUGCCUUUCUCACUAAGCCUUAACAGUUAUUUCGACUAAC